ACGUGUUGAGUAGGUUGUUGUUCGGUGAUUGGCAAUUAUUAUUUGUUGAAAAAUUAGUGAAAAUCAACGAAUUAUAAUGAGUAAAUCAAAGAAAAAGCAGCCACAAACGGUGGCAGAUAAAGUGACUAAACUGCUCGCACAUCCCAACGACAGCGACAGCGAGGAUGAGUCGGACAUUGAUGUGUCUACUGCAACACGCUUAGUUGAAUUCGACGAUGAAUACGAUUUGCCCGAUGCACGCAGCAGCGAUUUUCGAAAGCGAAAUGUGAAAUUGUUGUCAGAGCAGAGCGAACGUUACAAAGGAAAGAUCUCAAGUCGCAAGGAACUGGAAGAGGAGGAGGAGGAAAGCGAUGAUGAGGUGCCCUAUGAAGAGAGUGAUACAGAUGAGGAGGAAUCCGCCGCAAUGGAGGCAUUUAGCAAGAAGCUGAAGGUGGCGAAAUCAGCUAAUAAUGAUGAUCAGAGUGAGGACAGCAGCUUAGAUGAGUAUCAAAAGGCAGAUGCUAAUGAUGACGAAGAUAGUGAGGAAGAUGAGCAGGAAGAUGAAGAUGAUGAUGAUGACGACGAUGAUGACGAGGAAAAUGAUGAUGAUGGUGAUGACUCGGAAGAAGAGAAUGACGACGCCAUGGACACCAGCGGCCUCAUGACUCAAAGCAAUCAACAAGCUGAGAUUCAGAAAGGAGUCUGUGUGCAGAAUCAACUUCGCAUUUGGGAACGCCUCCUGGAACUGCGCAUCAACACACAAAAGAUCACCACCAAGGCGAAUCUGCUGCCUCCGCCGGAGACACUCCAAGUGGCCAAAGCCAGCAAUGAAGAGCUGCAAACAGUACUUGCUGAAGCAGAGGGUCGCAGCACCAAGUUGUUGCAACAACUGCUGGCGCUCCAAGCUGCGCUCUUGCAACAGAACAGUGAAAUGCGACAGACCCUGAAGCGUCCCCCACCACAGACAGCUGAAGAGAAUGGGGAACCGUCAAGUAAACGCUUUGCCAAGCAACUGCAGACCCAAUUCCAAGGGAUGCGCCAACAACGUAAUGAGAUUUUGCUCAAGUGGGAUGAUCGCACCAAGCUGCUGACACCGGGAGCAGGCGUAAAGAGAAAAUCGCUUCAGGAGGAUUACGACAUACUCAAGAAGAUCGACAGUUCGCUGGCCAAUCGGCAGGUGCUGGUGGAGAAAUCACAGACACUCAAAAACACUCAACAGCAGCAGCCACAGCGAGUGGAAGGAGACGAAGAAACUGAACAGAUCGAGCGUAAUCCAAAUAUCUAUGAUGACAGCGACUUCUAUCAUCAGCAGUUGCGGGAACUCAUUGAGUACAAGGCGAGCACGACGUCAAACAUGAGCGACAUUACCAAACAGUUUGUGGAGCUGCAGAAGUUGCGUCAGAAGAUGAAAAAGAAGGUGGACACAAGGGCCAGCAAAGGCAGGAAACUGCGUUAUGUGGUACACAACAAGCUCAUCAAUUUCAUGGCACCCAACGAUUCCAGCGAUUGGACAGAAGCAAAAACAGAGCUUUAUAAAUCAUUGUUUGUUUAACAAGCUCAAAAAUAUGUAUAGUUAAGACUUUGAUUUGUAGUAUAUUGAAUAAAUGUUCAAUUAGUUUCAUUGUUGUAAUUAAACUUAUGCAGAAAAAUAAAAACUGUUGCACAUUUAA